UGUCUCCAUCGCAACGUUCGGUUGUUUCGUGCCGGGCUCGCCAAUCCUUUUUUUUCGCGGACGAGCUCUAUCUCACAAUAGUUGCUAUUGCAAACCUUAAGAUGAAGAGUUCUCUCGUCCUUGUUGCUGUUGUGCUCACCUUUUCGGCCGAGGCCUUUAUACCACAUGUGCGGAGACCAGCGUUGCUUCGUCCCGUUGCCGUGUCGUCGUCCAUCAAGAUUUUUACGGCCAAAAACGCCAGUGAAAUCGCCUUUGAAGAAGUAGAAAGCUAUCGGGAUGGCAUGAGCAUCACUCGAUCCGGUACCAACGAAAACAAGGUGAUGGACGUUGUCAUGAAAUUUGGUGGUAGUUCCUUGGCAGACAAGGAUCGAAUCGACCAUGUAGCAAACUUGAUUAAGAAUCAGAUUGAAGCGGGGUACCGACCUCGGGCCGUGGUUUGCUCGGCGAUGGGCAAGACGACCAAUUCUCUGCUGAGUGCGGGGGAAUUUGCCUUGGAGGGCCGUGUCAACGUUGAUGCGAUUCGUACCUUGCAUCAGUCCACUAUGAAUCAUUUUGAAUACUCUCAACACAUCAUAGACGACGUCAAUGCACUCUUGGACGAAUGCCAGGACAUGCUGAAUGGUGUGCGGAUGAUACAGGAGCUUAGCCCGAAGUCUCUAGAUCAGCUUGUCUCCUACGGGGAACGAUGCUCAGUUCGUAUUAUGGCGGCCCGUUUGAACCAGCUUGGUGUACCCGCCCAAGCGUUCGAUGCUUGGGAUGUCGGUAUGAUUACGGACAGCGAAUUCGGGGAUGCCAAAAUUCUUGCCGAGUCCGAAGAUGCCAUUCGAAAUGCCUUUGACCGGAUCGACCCGAACAUUGUCAGUGUAGUGACUGGCUUUAUCGGCCACGACCCCAAUAAGCGUAUCACGACACUGGGUCGAGGAGGGUCGGAUUUGACGGCAACGCAAAUCGGCGCUGCUUUGAAACUGGACGAGAUUCAGGUCUGGAAAGAUGUGGACGGUAUUUUGACUAGCGAUCCUCGGUUGGUGCCUAAUGCUGUCCCGGUGGGCGACGUGAGUUACGAGGAAGCUAGCGAAUUGGCUUACUUUGGCGCGCAAGUGCUGCAUCCGAUCGCAAUGCAGCCAGCCAUGAAACACAAUGUUCCCGUACGGGUCAAGAAUUCGUACAAUCCAUCAGCCGUGGGAACAAUUAUUCGUAACAGAAAGGAAACCGAACGGUUAGUGACCGCCAUUACCUACAAGCGUGAUAUAAAAUUGAUGGAUAUUGAAUCGACACAGAUGUUGGGAGCGUACGGUUUCUUGGCACGCGUAUUUGGAGAAUUCGAGAAGCACAAACUCUCGGUUGACGUGCUCGCUUCGUCCGAAGUCUCUGUGUCUCUGACCUUGGACAAGAAACAAAAGGAUGCCGAAAUUGACGGUCUCAUGCGGGAUUUGGGCAGCUGCGCGAAGGUCACGUGCCACAAGGACCGAUCCAUCCUGACACUCAUUACUGACGUUGGUCGCAGUUCGGAAGUACUCGCUACUGUUUUCCGUGUUUUUUCGACUUGCGGCAUUAAAGUUGAAAUGAUGAGUCAGGGAGCCUCGAAGGUAAACAUUUCCUUCAUCGUCAAGGACGAAAGCCUGGAACGAGCUAUCCUGGAGCUUCACAAAUGCUUCUUUGAAGAGACCUGCUCAGUGGAGCCUUUCAAACCAGAGGCUGGCAGGAAUAAGACAUUGCUCGUUGUGUAGAGAAGCGGGUAGAUAUUAUUUUCUGGUAUUGCUUUGAUUUCGCC